GCUCUCGAAGAGUAUGAGUAAAAACAACAAACCUUCGUCUCUAACAAAUGUGUGGCAGCUGCUUGAAACUGGUGGUGAAGUAGGAAAAUGGGAGAUCUCUACGCUUUGGACUUCGAUGGAGUUCUCUGUGAUAGUUGUGGAGAGAGCUCUCUAUCAGCUGUCAAGGCAGCGAAAGUGAGAUGGCCUGAUUUGUUCGAAGGAGUUGAUUCCACUUUAGAGGAAUGGAUCGUUGAUCAAAUGCAUAUCGUGAGACCAGUGGUGGAAACUGGCUAUGAAAAUCUUCUACUUGUGCGGUUGUUAUUGGAGACAAAGAUACCAUCGAUUCGGAAAUCUUCAGUUGCAGAAGGUUUGACUGUUGAUGGGAUAUUGGAGAGCUGGGCAAAGAUUAAGCCGGUAAUCAUGGAAGCUUGGGAUGAAGAUAAAGAUGCUCUGAUCGAUUUGUUUGGAAAUGUUAGAGAUGAUUGGAUUAACAAGGACUUGACAACUUGGAUUGGUGCCAACAGAUUCUAUCCAGGAGUUUCAGAUGCACUGAAAUUUGCCAGCUCAAAGAUUUAUAUCGUUACCACGAAACAGGGCCGCUUUGCAGAAGCGUUACUGCGUGAAAUAGCAGGUGUAAUCAUACCAUCAGAAAGGAUUUAUGGUUUGGGUUCAGGGCCAAAGGUGGAAGUGCUAAAGCUACUUCAAGAUAAACCAGAACAUCAGGGCUUGACGCUGCAUUUCGUGGAAGACAGACUCGCAACGCUGAAGAAUGUCAUCAAAGAGCCUGAAUUAGACAAAUGGAAUUUAUACUUAGGAAACUGGGGAUACAACACCGAGAAAGAGAGAGCAGAAGCAGAAAGCAUUCCCAGGAUUCAGGUUAUCGAGCUCUCCGCGUUUAGCAAUAAGCUUAAAUGAGUGCAUACUCAUCGGAAAAGAAACAAGCUUUCCUUUU